UAAGAUUACAAAAUUUGAAAUAAGCCAGGAGGUUCCACUACAGCACCUCAGCGACAAGCUUUCACUCAAAUCACCACCUACAUGGCUACAUACUCUCAGCAUCUCACUGAAAUCGAAAAUCGGCUCCCUUUUGUAGUGGGACUUUGAGUAAAUGUUUUGAAUUUCCUCGAUUGACGGAUGAGGUUGCUAAAAAAUGAGGAGUUGCCCACACCAUCUCAAUGAGCACUUCAACAAUCUCCUGCCCAAAUCCUCUCUCUCUAAAGCGACCCACAUUCGCCACCCAUUUUUUUCUGGGCGGGUCGUCGGCCGGAUUGACCGGGUGUAGGAGCUGGAAGAGAAGAUUCCAGAAGCUGAUUCCUCAGGUCAAGAAAAGGAAGGAUUGGCAGAGGAGUUGGUGGAAGAGGUUCUUUGACGAGAAAGGGAACUGGUUCGGUUUGAAGGAUGAUUAUCUGCCGGACGAGGUUGAAUUUGAGGAGAGCUUGUCUGCUGGUGAUGACUUGGAGUUGUCGGAUAAGGAAAAGUUUGAAGCGUGGAGACAACGAGCGGAGGCUAUUGUAGAGUUGAGGGAAGCCCAGGAGGAUAUUAGAAAUGAGGAGAACAGGAGCUGGGAGGACUGGCUUGUGGACCCCACUGCUGCUACUACUAUUGAUUCUAAUAGAGGUUCUUCCUGGGAACAGAAUUCCAAUGGCUCCAUCGGGAAUUAUAGAGAGAGUUCUAUGAGGGAUGAUGACCCCAGUGAGGUAAUUCCUCUUAAGAAGGUGGUUGAAUCCGUCAGGGCUAUGGUGUUUGGCGGGGAUGAUGAUGAUAUUCUUUAUGAAGAUCGUGUUAUACAGUAUGCUUCCAUCAAUUCGGCUAAGUUUUUGGUGGUGCUGAUUAUAGUUCCAUGGAGCAUGGAUUUUUUAGUUCAUGACUAUGUGCUAAUGCCUUUUCUAGAGAGGUACGUGAAGACUGUACCACUGGCAGCAGAGAUGCUUGAUGUGAGGACAUCCCAGAAGCGCGAGUUGGUUAAGGAACUAAAACUUGAGAAAGCUCGUUACCGUUUUGAGGUUGAGAUUGGCAAAUCCCCAUCUCUUUCGGACAAGGACCUUUAUACGGAGCUUCGGGAAAAAGUGUUAGAGAUGCAGGAUGAACGGAGGUUAGAGAAUCGUCGAGAAUUCGCUAAUAUAUGGUCAGAUGCUGUAUUUGGGAUCUCAUUAUUCAUUCUUUUGAGCUUCAAUCAGAGUAAAGUGGCUUUGCUCAAAUUCACGGGUUACAAAAUAAUAAAUAAUACCUCGGACAUUGGGAAGGCAUUAAGUAUUAUUCUCGUCACCGAUAUAUUUUUAGGGUAUCAUUCAGCAUCCGGUUGGGAGACUUUGUUAGAGGUUAUCACGGAACAUUAUGGGCUUGAAGUUGAUAAGGACGCCAUCACCAUAUUUGUUUGCAUUGUUCCAGUUGUAAUGGACGCGUACAUCAAAGUUUGGCUGUUUAAGUUCCUACCAAGGCUAUCCCCAAAGGUGGCAAGUAUUCUCCGGGAAGUGAAGAGGCAUUAGAAAGAGUUUUAUUUUCUUCUCCAGCAGCACCUGUUGGAAUGUGGAAGAGGCAUUAUUCUUUGCCAUUUUCUUUCCUCUUGUUUUCUUUCCUUGUAUGGAUGUGUGUCCUAGGUUUGAGCAAUCGAAUAGUCUUAAAUAGAUUCAUUAUCAUCAUACAAAAUAGCCAUAGUCUGCCUGUCUAAGGAGAGUGUAGUUUUGUUCACCCUCUCUAAGGAGGGUGAACAUCACCCCAUUUCAUCUAUGAUUGCCAUGUGGCAUUUCAUCUAUCUUUUUCUCAAAAAUGUUAUAACCUUUUUAUUUAUUGUCUAAUUUUUGUAAAAAAUAUAUUAGAUUUAUUAAUUUUUUAUAAUCUUUCCAAUGAUAUCAAUAUUUUAUACAAAAAAUUGAAAAAAUAUCAUUUUUUCUACAUAUCUAUUUUUGGAUGAUUUUUUAAAAUUUUUCCAUAUGCAAUAUUAGUACCAUAUGAAAGAUCGUACAAAAUGAAAAAUUUUGAUACUGUUUUUAAAGAAAUUGGAUUAAAAAUAAAAAAGACAAAACAAUUUCUAAAUUGUAAUGUAUUGCCUUGCCACAUGGUAGACAAAUAGGGUGGGGUGAACUGUGAACAUCACCCUCUCAAAGGAGGGUGAAAAAUAUUAUUGUCGUCUAAGGAUGCGUUCAUUCAGGCAAUUUUGUGUGUAUUAUCAACUUCGAUUUUCCACUAAAUAUAUGUUUUUCUGCUGUUUUCGCCAAAUUGAUUGUGGGGUAU